AUGGUAACACUGGCUCUUGGACAGGGACAUGAAGAAAUGACUUUGUUUUUUGUGAGCACAGUUCUGUCCGCUGUUUUGACGCAUCACCUGGGCUGGACAAACCAGUUUCUCAGAGAGAUCUCCUCGUCGGGCUCAAACCCCUUGUUAACCCCAUCCACGGGAUCGUCCAUUCAGACCCAAGCUGAUGACAUCUGCGGACUAGUCGGGUUCCCACCUGUCUCUGCAAAGACUGUCGUCCUCGGAACGGAUUUGACCAUCAUUCACCGAUUUCUCGCCUUGAUUCCCUACUUCAUUCGAUGUGAUCCCGUCAAAGAAACGAGUUUUGGCCCGCCGAACCUGAAUUUGCAAGCGUGCAGAAGCUCAGUGAGCCAAGACACCCUGACCCCUGACUUUUCUCCGAGGCUGAAGCGGACCCGGAGUCAUGCUGCAAAGUUGGUGGAAAAGUUGUACCCGGACCUGGGAAUGCAUAAGAAAACGUUAUCUGCGGAUUUCAGUGCGAGGCGAGGGGAACACCCGGGAAAACCUGUGCAAUUUGUCCUGGGACACGAUGAUGAACAACUGGUUUUGCAUUCGAGCCCGGAUUUGCGGGAAUGCGCGGAUGUGGAAUGCGAACCCGUGGAAAUGGUUCUGUUGGAGUCUGAAGAAGCUUCUCUCGCAGCAGCAGCGAAUAAGGUCUUCAAAGAGUCGCUGAGUGUGGAGACUCUCAAGCCGGAAAUAUCUCCCAAGCUGAAGCGAACUUGCAGCUUCACGUCGAAAUUGGCUGAUGAAUUCGCGCAGAGUAACGCUUGUCAACACAGGAAAACCAGAUCAGCGGAUUUCAGACUUUCAGUUCCGGUCCAAGCGGAAGUUAUUGCGGAAGAUGAUGAUGACGAUGAGAGGAAACCGCCGGUUGUUGAGUUUGUCCUGGGACAGAAUGAAAGACUCGUGUUGAACAAGGUCAAGGAACAAGGCGUGUGUGAGAAGCAGUUGAUUCAAGUGAAGGAGAUGGUGAUCCCUGAAAUCAAGAUUGAAACUGUGACCCCGGUUGGCAGGAGUUGUGCCAUCAGAAAGACUCUUGACGGCUGCAAGUCUUGGUCAAGGAGACAUUGGCACCAAAGGGUCGAUCGGCUCUCCAGAGAAGCAGCAAGGGUAACAGUGGUGAGAACCACCCGAUUUGACAUGAACAACUCACCUAGUCAUUGUCAGCGGCGUUCCAGCGAUCCAGUGGACGCAAAAGUUCCAGAAGAGUUUUUGGGAAGGUUCUCGCGAUUCCUUUCUUUGCAAGUUGGUGAUUCUGGUCGAAAGAGAGGAUCGAUUUCUGAAGGACAAAGAGCUUGUUUGUACCCGAACUUGAGUCUUGAGGAGGAUUUUGAUGGCCUGGGCUGCUUGCCUGAGCAAGUCGACAAUUUGGACCUAGAGGGAAUCGAUUGUCCAAGGGUUGAUGUGCUUGGAGUGAACACGGAUCCAUCAUGGACCCCGAGUAGGACGAUGUUUGCAGGGGUGGGGCCAAGAAUUGUUUGCGGGGUAGCGCUGAGUGGCGUCCUGGUGCCGCCCCCGAGUUCCUCUGCAUCUGGAAUGCAUCAUGGUGGACCGCCGCCGCGGCUACAUGCAUGUGACGUGCAACCAGAGGCUGUUUGCAUUUUGGCUGACACUGGGAAUUGGGUUGUGGAGACAAUCAACCAGCCAAGAAGUGUAUCCUGGCCUUUGAGUCAGGCGCAGGGACAAAUGGCAGUCGCAGCACCAUGUGUUGCCAGCAUGUUGGAGACUGUUGUCAGUUUGGCCAAAGCAUUCUGA